AUGCAACCUCUAACUAUUUAUGGCGUGUGUGCAAUCAUAUUGGAGACUUUGUCAGGUCUUCUGUCUCCCACCUCGCCAGUGGUGACGGCCAAGCCCAACAAGAGCGCUUCGUUCAGCGUCAAUAAAGCGCCUCCGCCUCGACGCCUCUCCUGCUGGUUCUCCAGCCCAGAAGUUCUCUUCAGUUUUGAGAGUGUCUGUAAACAUUCCACGUUCGUGUCCAUUCGUGUCGACACUCGCGAUUUCUAUGUCUUUAAUAUGUAUGUACAGGCUAAAAGUGGUCAGCUAAUCUGUGCCAAAUUCGGACCUCCAGCGGAUAUCUGGAGCACGGCUUGCGUGGCAUUUGAAUUGGCGACCGGUGACUACCUAUUCUAUCCGAAGGCUGGCGUCGAAUAUUCAAAGAAUGAGGAUCACUUGGCACUCAUUAUUGAACUGCUGUUGGGUGAAAUUCCAAAAGAUGUUUUGGCAUCGGGGAAACUUUCGUAUCGAUUCUUUAGUGAAACGGGAGCUUUGUGGAACAUUGAAUCAUUUAAGCCAUGGGGUCUCUGCAACGUGCUGUUCGAAAAGUAUCGAUGGGGUGCCCGGGACACUCACGAUUUUGCAGAAUUUCUCCAUUCCAUGCUGGCGUUUGAUCCCAAAGAGCGGGCCACAGCAGCCGAGUGUUUGUUUCAUCCAUGA